AUGUUGGGGUGGGUGACUCGCUGUCUGCCUGGCUUCAGCCUAAUCGGUCUAGCUCUGCUGCUGCUCUGCGCCUUUACCGACAUUUUGGAGUCUCCUAUGCUGAAGGGAUUCUUACCAGCACCUUCCAUAACUCCUCCUACACAAAAUGGCCCAUGGGGUGGGCUGGGGUUGGCCCAAAAGACCUUCAUCGUCUACACCGUCCUGAUCCAUAUUCAUACCUUUGGAUUCACUCUCCGUCUCGCCUGGUCGAUCUCCAGAACCCUUCAAAGCACGAAGGAGAUCUUCCAGAGACGCCUUGCAACCUCUCCCUUCCCCUCCCCGAAGCCGCCACGGCCAGAAUAUCAGCUAUAUUCUGACGCGCCUCCAUCCCCAGUGUCUUUGCCGGACGCGAAAAUCUCGUCUUUUGACAAAAAUGACUUUGUUACUGUCCAUGAAUUGACUGAGAAAGAACUUAUUCAUGCCAUCAUUCUGCCCAAUUACUGCGAAGAUCUUCACACCCUGGAAACAACCCUGAAGGUGCUGGCAAGUCACCCGCGAGCCAAAUCACAGUAUGAGGUAUGA